CGCGAAGAGCAUAUCUUCAUCAUGUCGACCUACUACGACCAACCCACCUCGCCAGGCACCAUGUCCACCAGGCGGCUUACCAACAGGAACACCAACCGCUACAGCGUCACCCACCUGUUCAGCAUGGCUGCUGAACAGGAUAUAGAGCUGCAGGAUGAGUUGGCAAAGGCACAAAAGCGCCUGCGUGAUCUCAAAGCACGCAUCUCUGCGCAGUCCAAGAGGAAUUUCGUGCUCGAGCGCGAUGUACGUUACCUGGAUUCACGCAUCGCGUUGUUGAUUCAGAACAGAAUGGCGUUGGAUGAGCAAAACGAAGUGGAACGCCACUUGGAAGAAGUCGACCCCACGGAAGGCCAAUAUCCGGAUGAUCGUAAAUUACAACAAUAUUCCAACCUUUUCUUCCUCCUCCAGUCCGAGCCUCGUCACAUCGCCGCGCUAUGUCGUCUCGUUUCGCUCUCCGAAAUCGACACAUUGUUGCAGACGGUCAUGUUUACGCUAUACGGGAAUCAAUACGAAAGCCGCGAAGAGCAUCUGCUGUUGACGAUGUUCCAAUCCGUGCUAAGUGCCCAGUUCGAGACUGCCACCGAAUUUGGCUCCUUGCUCCGUGCUAAUACGCCCGUGAGCCGCAUGAUGACGACCUACACCCGGCGUGGUCCCGGUCAGAGUUACCUGAAAAGUGUGCUCGCCGAGCGCAUUAACAGUCUUAUUGAGCACAAAGACCUAAACCUCGAGAUUAAUCCACUCAAGGUCUACGAGCAGAUGAUCAACCAGAUCGAGGAGGAAACUGGCAGUCUUCCCGAGAACCUCCCGCGGGGUGUGGCACCAGAGGCAGCGGCGGCUAACCCUGAUGUACAAGCCAUCAUCGCUCCGCGCCUCACGAUGCUCAUGGAGAUUGCGAACAGCUUCUUGCUGACGAUCAUUGACAGUUUGGAAAGCGUCCCAUACGGUAUUCGCUGGAUAUGCAAACAAAUCAGGAGUUUGACGAGGCGAAAAUAUCCUGAAGCUACGGAUUAUGCGAUUUGUUCUCUGAUCGGCGGAUUCUUUUUCUUGCGAUUCAUCAACCCCGCGAUUGUGACUCCUCAAGCAUACAUGCUUGUGGAGGGUGUACCAGCGAAGCAUCCGAGGCGAACAUUAACCCUAAUUGCCAAAAUGCUCCAGAACCUCGCGAAUAAGCCAUCGUAUGCGAAGGAAGCAUACAUGAGCCAGCUAAAUCCCUUUGUAGAGAACAACAAAGCGCGCAUCAACCAGUUUUUGAACAACUUAUGCGAGGUUGGGGAUUUCUAUGAUACACUUGAGAUGGACCAAUACAUGGCGCUGUCAAAGAAGGAUCUCAUGAUCCAUAUUACCCUCAAUGAGCUUUACAAUACUCAUUCUUUACUUCUCCAGCACAUUGACACCUUGUCGCCAAAUGACAAGCAGCAUCUUCGCAUCUUAACAGACGAGCUCGGAGCUGCUCCGUCACAGGUUCCUCGUAAGGAAAAUCGGACAAUUGAGCUCCAGCUCUACAGUCGUUGGGAGACGCCGAUCCAAGACAUUCAGAGUGCCCUUCUUGACAGUGUCUCGUCAAGUGACAUGCUUUACAUGGAAGCGAAGUCUAUCUUUGUCCAGCUUAUCCGUUCAAUGCCGCAAUACGCCGAUAAGCGGCCAUAUAAUCUCGCAGCCAUUGCUGAGCGUGCAGCGACUUCUAAGGAUGCCGUGCUUGUCCGGCGUGGUAUCAAAGUAAAGGAGAUGUUACGAGAACUUGAAGAGCUUCACAUUCUAGAACGCGCGGAUGGUUAUAAGCUGAUGGAAGAGGAGGUCGCCGCGGAACUCGUGCACCUUGGAAACAUGCGCGAGAAGGUUAUGUUGGAGAUGCGAUCGCUUGAAGCCGUGUACAAGACCAUUUGCGAUCAUAACAAUUACAUGCGUGCCCAACUUGAACAAUACAAGGCGUACCUCCAGAAUGUCCGGCUCACCGCUACGAAGGAUAAAGGUUCCUCAACCGGUGUCGGUGUCGUCACCGUCGGCGGAAAGGAGAAGAAGCCUACGAAGGUAGCCAUUCUAGGCCCCUACCGUUUCACGCAUGCACAGUUGGAGAAAGAGGGUAUCAUCGUGGAAAGUAAUGUUCCCGACAACAGACGGCCGAACAUCUAUUUCAACAUUACAUCCCCGACACCAGGAACCUUUAUCAUCGCCCUCCAUUACAAGGGUCGUGAUAAAGCUAUUUUGGAGAUGGACCUGAAGAUAGAUGACCUGCUUGAGAAGCAAAAAGACAACAAGCACCUACUGGACCUUGAAUAUGUGCAAUUGAAUGUGCCGAAGGUUCUAGGCUUGUUGAAGAAAGUGUUUGCGAAGCGAUGAGCAAGACACGACCACCUUUACGCCGUCCCCUUUAUUUAUGCUUCCUUCUAUCGAGCGUACGAUUUUUCCCGGUUCCUUCGGUUAAUAUUGCCUUUUUCCGCUGUCAAUAAAGAUAUCCCUAUGAUACUGCGCAUCGGUCUUCUUUGUGCUUCUGGAUCUGGUUCCCUUCCUCCUCCGUUCCUUCUUCUUUCUCCGUUAUUCAGUUUAUCCCGCAUGAAUUGCACAGAAUGCAUCUACGAAACAUGAAUACGACGCGUGCGCGACCCGCUCUGAUGAUGUGAUCUGUGGAUUGUAUUCUCUAUUCUCUUUAAACCGCUUUAUUGUGGCUUCCCGCUUUCCUGCCCUAUACCAUUUAUUAUUCUCUUUGACUUUUCCUGUUCUUGGCAGAGACGGCGAUGUAACUUGGUGAUCCUGUUUGAUUUUAACUUUUCUGUUUAGAUUUAUAUGCGG